AUGUCUGAAACUCCUGUGUCAACAGGUUCCGACCCCGAAAAGGGUGCCUAUGCCUCUGGCUCGAGGAUUACAGGAUCCAAUGAUGGAAAAACGAUAUCUACCCAUGUGCGGGAAAACCCCGCUGACUCGGAGGAAGUCGAAUUAGGUGACAACAGCCAGUUGAGGCGUGGAUUGGAGCAAAGGCACAUUCAGAUGAUUGCAUUGGCUGGAACUAUUGGCACUGGAUUGUUUCUCGGAUCAGGGAAAGCAAUUGCGUUUGGAGGCCCCUUGGGGGCACUCUUGGGUUAUUCUUUCGUGGGAAUAUUGGCCAUUGGAGUGGUUUUGAGCAUAGCAGAGUUGAGUGCUCUUGCUCCCUUGACUGGCGGCAUUAUUCGCCAUGCCGAGAAUUUCGUCGACCCAGCCCUCUCUUUUGCCCAAGGGUGGAAUUUAAUUUAUAAUUACCUAAUCGGCUUGCCGGCCGAAAUCGUGGCAGCCGCCGUUAUUGUGCAGUUUUGGUCAACUAUUAAUUCUGCUAUCUGGAUUACUAUUUUUGCGGUUUUAAUCAUCAUAUGCAAUGUGUUGUUUGUGAGGGUGUAUGGGGAGCUCGAGUUUACGUUUGCGACCCUGAAAAUCAUCCUGAUUGUUGGCUUAAACAUAAUGGCUCUUGUUAUCACUUGCGGCGGUGGCCCCGAUCACCAUCCAUUGGGAUUCCAAUACUGGAGAAAUCCGGGCCCUUUUGUUGAUUUUCUCGGUUAUACAGGCUCCUUGGGCCACUUCAUGGGGUUCUACACGAUCUUUUCAAAUGCAGUCUACGCUUAUGCAGGAGUCGAAAACAUUUCCCUGGCCGCAGCGGAGACUCGAGCACCUAGACGAAGCAUUCCUAUUGCGGCGAAACGUAUUUUCUGGAGAGUGUUGCUAUUCUAUGUCCUCUCCAUUUUUAUGGUUGGCCUUGUUGUCCCAUCUAACGACGAGAACCUCCUCACGAGCACGGGUACAGCAGCACAGUCCCCGUUCGUGAUUGCUGCCACAAGAGCAGGGAUAAAAGUUGUACCUUCCAUCAUCAACGCUGUCGUAUUGACAAGCGCCUGGAGUGCUGCAAAUGGCGGCCUCCUUGGCGGCUCCCGAACCCUCUAUGGCAUGGCUCGCGAAGGCCACGCACCCAAAAUAUUCCUCCGAAUCAACCGCAUGGGAGUCCCCUACGUUGGAGUAGCAUUCUUGUCCCUUUUCCUGUGCCUGGGCUAUAUGACGACCACAUCGUCUGCCGCCAUUGUAUUCGGGUGGCUCCAACGUCUUGUAGCUGUCGCAGCUUUGGUCAACUGGAUAAUCAUCACUACAGUGUAUUUGCGCUUUUAUUACGCUUGCAAGAAGCAAGGAAUUGAUCGCUCGGAACUUCCAUGGAAAGGACCCCUCCAACCAUACGCUGCCUGGACAUCUUUAAUUGCGUGCUCAAUACUACUAUUAACUGGAGGCUAUAUAGUCUUCAUUCACGGCUUCUGGGAUCCCCAAACCUUCAUUUCAUCAUACAUCAACAUCCCCAUCGUCCUCCUUCUUUACUUCGGCUACAAGUUCAUCAAGAAGACGAAAAUCAUUCCGCUGGCUGAUGUACCAAUCAAACAUUUCAUCGAUUUUGCGAAUGCAAAUCCUGAGCCACCUCCAAAGCCGAAUACGGGAUUGAGGAGGUUUAAUUUCCUUUGGGGUUAA